AAAAUUCUGCUUUGUAAACGUUUAAAUUGAUCGUCAAAUACGGGUUAUCUAUAUAUACAACUUCGUAGAAUGAAUCAUUACAGCGAAUAAUUGUUUCAAUUAAUGUUAUUUAUUCAAUAGAAGCAUUUUCCCCGUUUCUAGUGAUAAUACUCUAAGGACACUUUAAGGACAAACGUUUGAAAUUAAAAACUAUCACUCCCUUGUUUUGAGAGGAAAGUACUGCCGAACUUGUGAUGCCAUUUCUCGAUGACGAUGCUUCUGAUCAUCCCAGGAUGGUUUGAUGGUGCCUAGUUUCGAACUUUAUUUGACCAAAAACGCAAAUCUGGUGACAACAAUUCAACAUGCUGUUGUGGGUGUUUCUGCUUCUGGGCACACGCAUCGUCGAUGGGGCAUCUCAAUGUCGUAAAAACUGGAAGCAAUAUGGUAUUGCUUGUUACUAUAUUAACACUAACAGUCUGACGUGGGAAAAUGCUCAAGCUUACUGUGAGACACAAGGAGGGAACCUGGCAAGUAUAGCCGAUAGUGGUGUUAAUGGUCACGUGGCAUGGGUUAUGAGCGGAUAUUCCAAGGCUCACAUUGGUUUAACAGAUACGGAGAGUGAUGGCACGUGGUCUUGGUGGGACGGAAGCUCUAUGACUUAUACCAAUUGGAAUUCUGGAGAGCCGAAUGGAAACUUUGAGACCAACUGUGGAGGGAUGCAUUCCUCUGGGACGUGGGAUGAUUACCCCUGUACUAACAGUAUGGUCAGCGUAUGCAGGGCUCCUAUACAGUAUACUGCUACGAAGACUGGUUGUGCAUGUCCGUUUGAUUCGACCCGUACGGAUUGUGCGUGUUGUGUAACAGGUGGUACACACUGUGGUCAACAGUAUCCCAAUGAAUGUUACUACUCAAGUUUUUCAGAAUGUGGCACUGGUGCUAAUGAUCCCAUUGAUGAUUGGCAACUUGUCAUGAAGGUGACUAGAAGCUCAAAUAUUAACGUCUAUGACCUGUACACCGGAUCAUCCACCUACAACGAUGGCUCGACUACGGCUAAUAUUCUCACAUCAACAUCGGUCUCGUACAAGAGUUCUGAAGCCAAUACCUACAACACUAACUCACUCCAACAGAUCAAGUUUGCUUUUUAUUCCGGUGGUGUAGAGAUGCGGAGCUUGACAUUUGAGACUUCAGGAACUAGUCGUACCAACUGGUUUCAUACCAACUACAUGAGCUAUGCACCUUAUUCUGAUAUAUACACGGAUACUAAGAACUACCAGUCAAUGGCAGGGACCGGGCAUCGUAGGUUUUUCAUAAAUCGUCAUUACGGAGGGUGUUCUGGCGAUGCCGGUUGGGUCGUGAUCAGUGAUUACGGUAGUUCCUCUGGAUGUACCUGGGACAACUACUACAGUAAACCUUUCUUCAUCUACAGUGCUGCUUCUACGUAUCAAACAUGGGAAUCUGGAAGCAGAGGAUUUCCUGAUACAGUCGCAUUCCUGCACAAGUACUAUGACGACGGGACCGAUGACCAGGCGAUAUGUGAUUCUGGUUGGACACGCAAUCGCAAUGGUUGUUAUAAACUCGUCGAAUCGACGUCGAAAUUCCGUGAAUCGAUGAAAGCCUGUCGAGCCCUCCAUGACGAUGCCGACUUGGCGAGCGUUGCCGAUCAGGAGGAAAAUGAUUUUCUACUUACGCUAUCAAGACGGACGUUAGCACACAAUAAUUAUUGGAUCGGCCUUACAGAUAUGAAUGAAGAAGGAACAUGGGAAUGGUCAGAUGGAUCAGUGGUAUCAUAUACUAACUGGAAAUCAGGAGAACCAUCUGGUGGUAGUGAGCACUGUGCAGCGUUAAGUUGGAGUUCAGAUGGUAUAUGGAAUGAUGCUACAUGCUGGACCUCGUAUGGUUAUUUCUGCAAGUAUCCUCUUAAUAAAGUAUCAUGUGCCGAUUGGAAACGCAAAGGCUAUACAUCAAGUGGAUACUACACUAUUGAUCCCGAUGGUAGGAACAUUGGUGUCGAUCCAUUCAGAGUCUACUGUGAUAUGACUACGGAUGCUAGCACAGGCAUUACGAAGAUGAGUCAUCAAGAAGAAUAUCGGUCGCUAAUUACUGGAUACGAGGGCGCUUACAGUGCGUCACGAGUAAUCCGAUAUCAAGAUCGCAGUAUCGCUCAGGUUGCCAUGGUAGCAGAUAUAAGUGCAUCAUGUGAUCAAUUUAUUAAGUACGAGUGUCACGGUUCUUUAAUGACUGGCUAUGGAGCAUGGUAUGACAGGAACGGAAACCAGAAAAACUAUUGGGGCGGAGCCUCGGUGGACAGCGGACAGUGUGCAUGCGGGAACUCAGGCACAUGUACGAAUGGUCACCACUGCAAUUGCAACACCAAUGACAAUACAUGGAGAGAAGAUUCUGGUUAUCUCACCGAUAAGACAACUUUACCAGUCACUGAGAUAAGGUUUGGUGAUACAGGUGAUGGAAGCGAAUCGGGAUAUUAUACUCUGGGACCACUCUACUGCAAGGGAGACGAAUCUUACAUUGUAACUGACCGGACAGACUUCAUGUUGAUCAGAGAGCGCCAUAUAUCGAAUUAUAACAAUGACUACCAAACAGGGCUCACGGUCAACCAAUGCGCUGCCGCCUGCGUGGCCGCUUCGAGUUUCGUAUGCCGCUCCUUCGACUAUCACCCAUCAGACGGGGGAUGCUACUUGAGCGAAGAGAAUGACCUAACCGUCGCCUUGACCAGCGGAUCUGACUAUCAUCUUCACGUCCGAAUCAUGGAUCCGAUGGUUGACCCAUACGAAGAAUCAAACAGUUGUUCAAGUGGAUGGCUUCAACGAGGCUCAUACUGCUACAGACCGUAUCACUCAUUUCAUACCUGGCUAGAUGCAGAGACUAACUGCCAAAAUCAAGGAGGCCAUAUUGCGACUCCUACAGAUUUAGACGAGUAUAAAUAUUUAAGGAGGAUAUUUAGAUGGGCACAGAGAGGAGUAGCCACAUUUUGGGUCGGACUAAAUGACAUCGAAGAAGAAGGAACUUGGAAGGAUGCGGAAGGAAAUGACCCGGUUUACACGAACUGGAAAAGCGGAGAACCGAAUGGAGGCAUUAGUGAAAAUGGGGUAGUGAUGCAUAUCCACUCGACAAAUGAGUAUAUUGAUACUACGGUACAAGGCGGUCGCCAAUACGUCUGUAAAGAGGACAUAGGAGCUGGAGCCAUUCCUCAGCCAACAACUCACCCGCUAUGUGAUAGCAGCUCCUGGGCUUGGGAUGACCAUAGCUGCUACUUCUUUGGGACCAACACCAAGUCCUGGUCUGACGCGCAGGACUAUUGCCAGGAGCUAGGGGGUGACCUGGUUACCGUAGAAACAGAGAGAGAAUUCAACUUUCUGGUCAGCUACUAUCGAUAUCGCUAUUCAAGCAGACGAUUUUGGAUUGGACUCAGAUACAUACCGGCAGAAGACGUAUACCGUUGGGAGACAGCGAUAUCAGAGUAUCCAUGGGACGGUUCACAUUGGGACAGCGGCAAACCAGAUGGGGCAGCAUCGGAUCAAACUUGUGUCGAGUUCUCGACAGCUCAGAGUUACAACGAUGAAGUUUGUUCUGCAUCCUUAUACUACAUCUGCGAAAAAGAUACUCUCCCAACUUCGAAACCCUCAACUUUCAAUCUGGAAAUCAAAGGACCAACCUCUUUAUUUUUGUCAUGGAGCGCCCUUCCUCAGGCUGAACAGAAUUCUGACGUCAAUGGAUACUACAUACACUACUGGCCGAGAAACAAGCAACACACAAAUAACGUCACCAUCGAUGUCAGUGGUUUGAGUACUCUCUCGUACUAUCUAACAGGCAUCGCAUCAGGCACCAAUUUUGAAUUCAUAUUGCAAGCCUAUACCGAACAAGGUGGUGGACCUGAAACGGAUCCGCCAAUCAAUGGCACGACAGAUAUAGCAUCCGUUCGCAGUUCUGAGAGACGGAAGGCUAACUUCAUCCUGGUGAAGGGAAACCGUCUCAAGAACCACGCCCUCUACGAGCUGGAAGUAUACACCUUGUCUGAAUGCACCAACGUUUGCUUGAAGGAUGAACAUUGUGUAUCGGUGAACUAUCACAAAUUAUCUCGCGCACCGAAGAAGAGUUGCGUUCUCAACAGGGAAACACAUACAAACUAUCCAGACGAUUUGGUACCUGACCGUGAUUAUAUGUACGGAUCUAUAGAUGGGCUAUAGUAAAAAGUGUAAUCCAAGUCUAAAUUUAAAACAAAGAAAUAUGGCAAAGAAACGAAACCGAGAAUUCAAAUCGUGUUGCAGAUUAUUUCAACAAUAAUCCAGUACAGUACUUUCUCUUUCAUCUACGCAUAAGCUUCUUUCAUUAUUUUCAUAAAGAUGUUUAACAUUGAAUCAUUUGAAUGUAUACUCUGGUAAGGCAUCAAUCCUCAUUUCCAGGUCCCUCGAUCCGAGAGGACCUUAAGUCGUCGCGACGCGUCGGUCCUCUGGUUGGUUGCUUGCUUACAAGCAUUAUGCU